AUGUCCAAGCCUUCUACACCGACACAGAACGCCUCCAAUACCUUGCUUCUUCGUCGUCAGCUUAACGAACUCACCAAGCACCCUGUAGAGGGUUUCUCCGCUGGACUAGUCGACGAUGAUAACAUGUUUGAAUGGGAAAUCAUGAUCAUUGGACCUGCCGACACAAUCUACGAAGGUGGUUUCUUCAAGGCUCGGCUGACGUUUCCUUCUGAGUACCCUCUGCUACCACCCAAAAUGCGUUUUGUGACACCCAUGUGGCAUCCCAACAUCUAUCCCGAUGGAGUCGUCUGCAUUUCUAUCCUUCAUAAUCCAGGCGAGGAUCAAUAUGGAUAUGAAGACGCUGGUGAACGAUGGAUGCCUGUUCACACCGUCGAGACUAUCCUUGUUAGCGUUAUCUCUCUUCUUUCUUCUGACACACCAAAUCUUGACAGUCCCGCGAACGUUGAUGCCGCGAAGGAAGUCAGGACCGAUCCUGAAGGUUACAAGAAGAAAGUCCGAAGACUGGUACGCCGAAGCGCUGAAGAGGCAUUUGAUUAA